GUCACUGUUCUAACUCCCCUUUCAAUUCAAGGCCUAACUCUUUCUCUCUCUCUCUCUCUCUCUCUCUCAAAGGAGGCAUUUUCCACUUCUUCAACAUAACGCCAAAAAACGCACUACUGACUUUCCUUCUCUUUCCCAUUUUCUUUUACUUCUGCCUUUUGGUUGCAGACUCCAUAGACGAAAAAGGAAGAAGAAAGUUUCUUUUUUUAUUUUUUUGCUUUGUUGUGUGGCUGAUGUUGGGGUUCUAAAGGGUUGGAGAUAGAGAAAAAGAAAAGAAAAGGGAGUGAUGGGUUCAUGUGUAUCAGUGCAGAAGAACUCUCAAGAGUCAACCAUGAGACUUGGAUUUUCUUUUGGGUCUAAAACAGACAAUCUUAUCAUUCCACCUUCACCUGUUAAGGAGAAAGGUGCUAUUGCCAGUGGUGACUCUACUCUCAAAUCUCGUUCUCCCUCUAUUUUCAAAGAUUUAGGCAGUAAAGAGGAAACCUUUUUUGAUUCCCGAGCAUAUCUAGAUUCUGAUUGUGAGGAUGAUUUCUUCAGUGUCAACGGUGAUUUUACUCCCUCUCGUGGUAAUACCCCUGUUCAUCAUAAAUUCUCCAUGGGGUCACCUAGAGUUAACAAGGUCUCUGAAGAAGGAUCUCCUGGAUCAGUUUCUGAAAUAUCCCCAGGAAAGAAGAAGAAGCUGGCUGAACUAUUCCGUGAGAGCAUUAGAGAAGACCAAGAUGUUAAUGAGCUAAAUACCUCAAGCAACCAGGACAAUGCCAAUGGAAAGAUGGAAGUUAAAUCAACAAUCCAAGACGUACUACCUCCAAAAUCUGCAGAAAUGCCCCCUUAUGUCUCUGGAGCUAACUCCCUGUGCAGUAGUGAAAGGACAGCAAAUGGAGAUAACCUUAUGUUUAAGGAGAAACCUUUUCGGUCUGUUCAAUGUUGCCUUCCUAGCUUGGUUUCGUGCAGUAGUUUUAGUGAGAGGAAGAAGAAGAUGAGCCCUGCAAUAGCUGUAAAUGAUAAGCCUUAAAUUCGAUCCAUUUACCAGCAAGUAGGUUGAAGAAGCCUGGAUUGUGGCUCCCAGAGAUCAUGCGCCCAAGAUAACUUCAAAUUUUUGUCAUAUUUAAUGAAGCCUUGGGGUCAUAUUUACAUGCAAUGUAAAAAGCAGCCCAGUAAAUGUUUGAUGCAGAACUGCUAUUAGGAUUUUCCGUCUCAAUCAACCUGGAGGUGGAAAUUUUCUUUUCAACAGGUGUUCUGUAAUAAAAAGCCAAAACAAUCAAAGGAAAACCCGUAAAUGACCCUUGUAAUGAAUAUAUAUUAUAUAUGUUAAGCAACUGAGGCCUUAUGUGCAGCUCAGUUCUUUUAA